AUGUCAAAAUCAACUCACGCUAUCGUCUUUGGCGCCUCUGGCCUGCUCGGCUGGGCGACUGUCGAGCAGCUGCUCUCUAACUACCCCUCAAAAGGUUCCUUCGAGAAUGUCACGGCUGUGAUGAACAGAUCGCUGUCAGAAUCCGACUCUUUCUGGCCAUCAGCGUCGCCCACCAGGCCCAGACUACAAAUCGCUUCUGAUGUCAACCUUACCGGGACGCUGGAAGACCUGACUUCGCAGCUCAAGGGCAAAGUCGAUGGGAUCGAGGGCGUCACCCAUGUAUUCUAUUUCGUCUUCAAUCAGGGCGAUGGGGAUGAUGUUGCCGAGUGCAAGACCAACUGUAGUAUGAUGCAGACGGUGGUCGAUGCGGUGACCACGUUGUCGACAAACCUCAAGGCAUUUGUCUACUCUGGCGGAACCAGAGGCUAUGGGAUUUACACACCUGGCGGUACCUUCGAGCCCCCCUUGGAGGAAUCAAUGGCAGACAACCUCCCUGAAGACUACGCAAAGACCGUCGCGUACCCCUGGUGGCGUAAGAUCCUCGCGAAGGCGAGCGAUGGCAAGCCGUGGACCUGGUCAGAAGUAUGCCCAGACGCGGUAGUUGGAUUCUCCCCGAAUGGAUCUGGUUUCUCGUUGGCACUCCACUGGGCGCAGUACCUAUCCCUCUACGCCUAUAAUCACGGAGUGAGCAAGAACUCCGAGUCCAAUGUUGAAGUUUCAUUCCCUGGAAGCCAGGCGGGAUACAACAGCCUUUGCACUCCCGUCUCUUCUCGGAUUCUUGGUCGCAUCGCCAUACACGCCUCACUUCAUGGGGACAAGUGCGGUACAAAGGUCAUCAACAUGGCCGACAAAGAGCAGCCUACCAAGUUUAGUGACCUAUGGCCAUCGAUCGCUGAUUGGUUCGGACUCGUUGGUGUUGGACCGAGGGAAAACGACAAUGCAGAGAAGCCUGGGGAGUAUGUCAAGAAACAUAGGCAGAUAUUCGAAGAACAGGGCUGUGGUAGAGCUGUCACUGCUGGUGUUGGGGGUGGAAGUGUCCAGCUUGACAGCGUUGGGUACUGGUUGUCUUUCGAUCGACAGCUUAGCUUGCAGAGGUUGAGGUCUGUGGGAUUCACCGAAGAGAGAGAUCCUGUUCAAGGCUGGCUGGAGGCGUUUGAGAAGUUUAGAGAAGCGAGCAUCAUUCUCUAA